CAAUUGGCAUCUAAUAACUCAGUCGCUUUUGGCACCCGCCCCCUGGCCUGCUAGCCCUGGUCUCUCUUUCUUUUUUCUUUUUUUUAAUACUUAACAUUAUCGUCUUUCUGUUGUUAAUUGGCGCCGGUAUUCGAGCCUAAUUCCUUUCCGACGUUUUUUGCUUUUAUUUUCUUUUCUGAAUCCCUAGGGCCAAGUUAUCUCCCAUAAUAAAAACAUGUUCGACCCUCACUGGCAGGAGCUUCCGCGGAAACGACAGAGAGAAGAUGAAGAGCAGUACAGCGGUAUCCAGAUCAGCGCGGGGGAUGGUAUGAACGGGACCUUGGGCUUUACUGAGCAUCGUAAUAAACGCCUACAAUCCCUUCCUCUACGCACUUCUCCAACACAGAAACGACGGUCAGGACUACCAGGCUUUCCGGUUGCGGUACCAACUGCAGCAACCACACCUCCUUCCUCAAUCACGCCGACUGAUUCUGACUCGGAAGAUAUGCGAAAUCAGCAACAAUCGGAUCCGUCUAUGGACGUCGAUAGAGAUUUGGAUAUGAUGAUGGACUCUUCAUCCGAACCUUUUCAACCCGGUCCGUCCCAAGCGGAUUCCGUCAACGCUAGCAUUACCGGACGGUUACCAACCCCGAUACAUUGCACUUUUGCUGCGCAAGUGCGAGGACAGAGUUGGGGAACGAUGAACCAGACGGUGCAUAUGACAAACCGGUCAAAUGAUGAUGCUAUGGUACCUGACAGUGAGGCUGAUUUUGCGCGCGCUAAGCCGUUCCCAACGAGACAGGACGAGUCUUCGGUACCGCGAUAUGCAGGAGCUGCUGUUGAGUGGUCCAUGGUCCAAAAUAGACGUCUCCCGUCCCCUAUUAGCGAGAGCGGCGGUGAAGACAUGCCAGCAAGCCCAGGUAUGGUGUUGGACUCUACAGCAUCUCAACCCCAGAGACCCUGUCUACCGCAUAUGCCUCACUCAAUAAACCCUCACGCCAUGGCCAUUCACCCUAAUAUCCAAACUAUCCCUCAGACCGCAGAAAAUGACGCCGGUAUGAUGGAUACUGAUCCUGCAUCAUCCCCUUCCUCGGCCCCAGCUACACCGUCGCCGAGAGGCAAGUUUGGCCAUUCGCGUAGCAAGCAUACCCUCAAUAACUGGACGCUCCAACCCGGCAUGAAGAAGUCAUUCAGUAUAGGCUACCGAGCUGACUGCGAAAAGUGCCGCAUGAAGAUUCCAGGCCACUUUAAUCACAUUAUUAUCUCUUAGCAUAGUUGGCAAAGGGCUACCGUGAAACUUCUAGGUCUAACCUGGACGAUACGAUAAGAUAUGCCAGAGGCGACAUACAAUAUUCCAUGGGCAUGCCAGAAACGAGACGAGUAAGGAU